AUGAGGCAGGGCCAGAAGGAUACCGGUAUUGUUAUUCUUCUUAGUGACUCGGCUCACUCAACUCUUCCUUACCAAGGCCAGGGAAGUUGCAUGGCUAUUGAGUCUGGCAUUGCACUUGCAGCUGUUAUGCGUCACUGGAAGAAUGAUGACCUGGAGGGAGCGUUCCGCUACGAAGCUGGUAAGCUGGCGAGCUCAGACUCACCGAACGAAAUGACCGAAAAACUCAACUCUGAGGCUCUUGGAGAGCGGAUGAAGUUGAUUAUGAAGCAUAACGUGCUGGAGGACCUGAAGAUCAAGGGAGCCGAGCUUCUGAAUUUCCACGACUCCCGACUAUAA